AUUUUGUUAAACUUCUUGCUUUGUUCCUUAAUAUAAUUAUAAAAAUACUUGUAAAAUGUCCAACUCUAACGCUCCCGGUUCACAAGCUUUGAACAAAUUAAAAUCUCGAGAUAUUGUCACAGAUCAAUUUAAAAAACCAUUGCCAAAACCAUUGGAAUGUUCACUAGUGGCAAGGAAAAAACCAAAAUUGAAAAUUCUUACCGAAGACAAAUAUAUUGAAGAAAUGGCAAAAAUUAUAGAAAGAGAUUUUUUUCCGGAUUUGGAACGUUUAAGAGCACAAAAUAAAUAUUUGGAUGCGAUGGAACGUAACGAUUUUGCACAAAUGGAAGCUAUACGUGCAAAAUAUAGUGGUAAACAGCCAUUAAUACGAUCAAGACAAAGCACACCCGCUACCUUUGAAACUCCAGCUAGCUUAUCGCAACAGACUCCUGCAAGCGCUGCAAAUCUCUCUAUUCCUUCUGCUAACGAUACUCUCAAAAAUUCAAAAUCGAACAAUAAGGAAGAGACAGUAACACAAUUUGAUAAGCAUUCAUUAGAUUCUUUUUUACAAGCUUAUACUAGCGAAGAUAAUUACAGUUUUGAGGAAAUAAUGGAGAUUGCCGAUCAAAAGCUGAAGCAAAAGUUUGCUAUCUUAUAUAAUGAGGAAAAAAUAUCUGCUGAGAAAUUGGCAAAAGUUCUAAUGUUGCCUUCAAUAGAAGAUCAAUUCGAAGAGGAUCGAAGUACGCUCAUGCGAAAAAUUGACACCUGGGCUUAUAAAAAUAAAAAUUCAAUUAUGUAUAUCCCCGAUGGAGUUGAGCUAACAAAAGAAGAACGAAUAGACAUGGCCAGUCGAAAACAAAUUGUCCAACAUCAGGCGACAAGGUUAAACGAAAAUCCUUUCCGCGAUAGCAGCAACGAUAGCAACGAUAUUCUCAAAAAUUCGGCACGAAUAUUAACUAAUAUUAUUGACAAUGAAGACGGCGUUAAAGGCGAUUGUUUAAAUUCUCUUACAGUUAAAGGUUUUGACUUGGUUCAAACGCCAUCGCCUAGGCCUGGCGAAGCUUUCUCUCCUUUAAUGACUUGGGGCGAAAUUGAAGGUACACCUUUCCGUUUGGACGGUUCAGAUACGCCAGUACGCUCUAAUGCAGGGCCAUCGUUUAAAAUCAAUGAGACGUCACGACGAGAGAAUAUCGCCUUAGCUUUAGCUGAAAAAAUUGGCGAGAAAAUGAGGGCGCAAAAACAAAAAGCCAUGGACACGGCUCGGCGUAAUAUUGCAUCGCCAUUUAUACGAUCUAAUAUCGAACGGCUCGCUUCCAUGUCGCCGGCCGCACGUCGUUUAGCCACAACUAAACUGGGUUUGCGAACGCCUGUUGUAUCGACGCCCUCACCUUUAAUAACCUCGCAGAAAAGAUGCAGAUCAACAAACACUUCUGGUGCAGGCCAAAAACUCCCCACUUCGUUAGUCGCGCCAUUGUUAUCACCAUCUACCAGCACUGUUCAGAAAGAAAUAAAUACCGAAAAAUCCACCUUAACCGAUGAUUUACUACAAAUACCUACGAAACGUUUGCGGGCUGCAGAUUUUUUCUGAUGAUUUUUAUUUAUA